AGAGCAGCGCGCGCGGCCGAGCGGAACGCGCGUUCCUACAGCAACCACAAACUCGGAGACGCUUGCGGCGGAUUGUCACUGUGUGCGCGCGCGCGUUUGUGUGUAUGCGUGUGUGUGUGUUUUUUUGCGUGGAUUUUUUUUCUCGGGACUUUUACUUGUACUAGUUUUCCUCCGGGACCAGGACAUGUCUUUCCCUCAGCUGGGCUUCCCGCAGGUGUACGGAGUAGAGAGAGCGUCUCCGCCGCGGGAUGGCGGCUCAGAGAGCGGCGCCGGUGUCACCGGGAGUCCGGUGAGCUCCGCGGCUGCCCUCGCGCCGCUACUCGGCGUGUACGCACAUCCGUGGAGCGCGCACCGGUACGGAGCCUUCAUGCCGUACAGCAGCGCCGAGGCGGCUCUUCUCAGCCACAUGGGCUCCCAGUACGAGCUGAAGGAGAACCCCGGUGCUCACCCAGCCGGCUUCGCGGUGCACACGGCCCCCGGUUUCUACCCGUACGGGCAGUACCAGUACGGAGACCCCGCGCGGGCCAAGAGCGCAACACGCGAGACCACGAGCACGCUGAAAGCCUGGCUGCAGGAGCACAAGAAAAACCCGUAUCCCACGAAAGGCGAGAAGAUCAUGCUGGCCAUCGUGACCAAAAUGACCCUGACGCAGGUGAGCACGUGGUUCGCCAACGCGCGCCGACGCCUCAAAAAGGAGAACAAGGUGACGUGGGGGCGCAGCGCCGAGGACGGCUACGACAGCGACCGCGACGACGAAGACGACGAGAGCGCGCACAAGCAGCACGAGCGCGAGGAGGAGAUCGACCUGGAGACCGUGGACACCGACGACGAGCGCGCAGAGGCGCGCAAAGAGCCGGGCGAGGCCAAGGCGCACGAGCAGAGCGAAUCGGAGAGCGAGGGCGCAGACGCGGGCGCGCUGAACAGCCCGGGCGUCCCCGUGGCCGGCGGGAAAGACGCGUGUGCGGGGAAAAGCGGCUCGGGCGACGUUUCUCCGGGAUGCCAGAGACCUGUGAACUCAAACAAACCCAAAAUCUGGUCGCUCGCGGAAACUGCGACGAGUCCUGAUAACUGUCAGAAAGCGAGCACGGCGGUCACCGCGCACCCGGCGUUUUUAUCCACUAACGGGAUUUACACGUGUCAGAUCGGGAAGCUGAACAGCUGGACUGGAGGCGCUUUGCUCGGUGCAGGACCUCUAAUCGGUGUGCGCUCUUUAAUGGGAGUGAGUCCGAGCAGCCAUUACAUAACCUCAAGCGCUCAGAGUGAGAGUCCUACACGCAGUCUCAGCCCACAGCACAACACCGAUCGAGAACAUGUUCAGAGAACUGAAUCUCCAGCACUUCCUUCUCAGAGACCACAAUUUCCAGUCAUUCAUGACAGGUCUCACCAUGAAACAGCACAGCGAGCACUGAAGACUGUUUCCUGAAGACGGCUCCUAAAGAACUGACUUAAAUUAUUACGUGAAAGCAACCAGUAUCAGAGAAAGAAAGUAUCCUACGUCAUUAAAUACACCAAAAAAGUAUUUUAUAGCCUUAUGUUUCAAUACGCUGUAUAACUUUGUAUUUGUUUUUAUUUUACAUUGAGCCUAAAUGCAGCAUGUAUCUAUGGUGUGUGUUUACCAUGUAGCUCAUUGCCAUCACUUUUUACAGACUUCAAGAAGUAUUUGUUAAAAGGCCAA